UUUAUUCGUAGAUGAUAUUUUCUUGUAUGAGGCUAACUUCAGUCCCUUAAAAGAUAAAGAUACCGAAACAUUAAAAAAAAAUGGGUAUAAAAAAUCUAUGGAACUUGCUAACGCCUUACUGUGAGAAGAAACCCUUGUUUGAGUUGAACAAAAAAGUGAUUGCUAUUGAUCUUUCAGGAUGGGUAUGUGAAAGUCUUAAUGUAGUGGACUAUUUUGUCCACCCUCGUUUUUACUUAAGAAAUUUGUUUUUUCGUACAUGCUACCUACUUCAAACUGGAAUCAUUCCAGUAUUCGUUCUAGAAGGCACUGCACCACCACUCAAAUACGGAGUAAUCAUCAAACGAAAUCAACAACAAUUUCGCGGAGCGCGUCCAAAAAGAACAGUUAAUGAUGAUGGACGAAAACACGAAAAAGCUAGUGUCCCGAGAGAACAAAAACGUGAUCGUUUUCAUCAUGUUUUGAAACAAUGUGAGGAAUUACUCAAUUCAUUAGGACUGGUUUGUGUUCAGGCUCCUGGUGAGGCAGAAGCCCUUUGUGCUUACCUCAAUCGCGACAACCUAGUAUAUGGAAUUGUGAGUCAGGAUUCCGAUUGCUUUGCUUAUGGAGCCAUUAGAGUGUUCCGUAAUUUUUGUGCCUCUCAAAAUGGAGGCUCGGUCGAAGUGUAUGAUUUGGAUAAGAUUGGCCGAAUAUUGGAUUUGGGUCAAGAGAAGGUAGUUGCUAUGGGUAUUUUGACAGGAUGCGAUUAUUGCCCAACUGGAGUACCCGGCGUUGGUCGGGAAAUGAUAAAUAAAUUUUUAGAAUGCCAUCGGAACAAGGAUAUACUAGAGAUCAUUAAAUCAUGGAGAAAUACAGCAAAUUCAUUGACAGAAUCGGAAAUCCGGGUGGAUGAUAAAAAUGUGUGCACAGAUUGUGGUCAUAAUGGAAAAACCGCCGUACAUCGCAGAAUGGGUUGUCAAGACUGUGGAACAAAAAAUGGUUGUGAUGAGUCUAGAUGGAAGCAUCAACGAAUAAUUAUUAAGACAGGGAUGGAUAUUAAACGAAAAGCUCUCUUAGUUCCAGAGUUUCCACACGAAUCAAUAAUAGAUGAAUUCAUGGUUCGACCCUGUGAACUUCCAACACUUGAUCUCGAAUGGAAACAGCCGAAUCUUGUUAAAUUUAUACGUUGCAUAGCUGAUCUUUUGCAGUGGAACGAAAUAUACAGUUUACAAAAAAUGCUACCCUUACUAACCAGAUGGCAAAUUCAUAUGCUUUCUGAAAAAUCAACGAGUAGUACAAGUAUUUUACUCAAACCUGACUAUAUAAAGAAAAAGCGUUCACCUAAAGGUGUGGCAAGUUAUGAAAUAGUAUGGAAUCACAUAGAUUGUUGCUUUGCUGGGUUAAUACCAGAAGAACAAAUUCGUUCGUAUUUAGAGGAACCAGGUAACACACUAGAAUCUCUUUGGAGUACAAUCGAACCACAAGAUUCGACUAAAACUGCUUAUCCUGAGCUCGUUCAGUCGUUUGAAUCUACUAAAUCAAAACCUAAGAAAACGAAAGUAUUAAAAGAACAUAACGAGCGAAAGAAAAGAGCGACGAAAUCAAAAACCAUCAAACAGAAAAGUUUGGAAAACUUUUUAACAGUAUUCAGCAAAAACUUGGUUGAUGUUCAAAACUGCGACAAUAAUAGUUCAGCUGACGACGACAAUGAUGGUGCAGACCCGCUAAAUGACCUUUCAUGUCUCUUAACAAGUAUUAAUGAAGAUGUUGAUUCGCGAAAUUGUGCUAUAGCUAAUUCUGUUAACAUGUCUAUCGAUUCUAUUGACCUGGAUACAAUAGCUUUAGAACAAUCAGGAGAAUCCGACUUUAUGAAUUUGUCUGAAAUCGUUGACCGAGUUUGUGAUCCACACUACGGAGAGGACAUUUAUUCUCAUGAAGUAGCCGGCGUAUGCAGAAGGUAUGCAAAAACAGACUGUAAUGGAGAAGAUGUACUUGAUAAUGAUGUUGUCCAACAAAGACUGCUUCUAAAGCAAGAUGUUCUCACGGCUGCGACCAACGGUGCCAUUGACCAAUCAGUUCUAAAUUGCUCCAUUAGAUCUCGGAAACGGAAAAGCUUUUUCUUUGAGCCCCUUGAUAUUCCACCACCAGAAUUACAGGAAUAUUGCAACGAAUUUGACAUGUUUGAAUGCACCCUUAUGUUAAAAGAUCAAAUCAUAGUACAAGCUUCGGAUGAAAUGAAUCAAACUAUUGUGUAUGAUGUAGACUUCUAG